AUGAACGCUUAUUCCCUAUCUCUGAUUUUUUUGCAGAACCAUUUGAAAUUCAGGACAAAGAGGAGUGGACAGGCCGCUGGGCCGGCUGGUGCCAUCAUGUCAGAGAAAGUGAACAACUUCCCACCAUUGCCCAAAUUCAUCCCGCUCAAGCCAUGUUUCUACCAAGACUUUGAGGCGGAUAUCCCUCCUCAGCAUCUCAGCAUGACCAAGCGCCUCUACUACCUCUGGAUGCUGAAUAGCGUAACGCUGGCCGUGAACCUGGUGGGCUGUCUCGCGUGGCUGAUCGGAGGCGGGGGAGCUACCAACUUUGGCCUCGCCUUUCUCUGGCUCAUCCUCUUCACACCCUGCUCCUACGUCUGCUGGUUUCGGCCCAUUUACAAGGCCUUCAAGACUGACAGCUCCUUCAGCUUCAUGGCAUUCUUCUUCACCUUCAUGGCCCAGCUGGUCAUCAGCAUCAUCCAGGCUGUGGGCAUCCCAGGCUGGGGUGUCUGCGGCUGGAUCGCUACCAUUUCCUUCUUCGGAACGAACGUUGGCUCAGCGGUGGUGAUGCUCAUUCCCACUGUCAUGUUCACGGUCAUGGCUGUCUUUUCCUUCAUUGCCCUCAGCAUGGUUCAUAAAUUCUAUCGGGGCAGCGGGGGGAGUUUCAGCAAAGCUCAGGAGGAGUGGACCACAGGGGCUUGGAAGAACCCGCACGUGCAGCAGGCGGCCCAGAAUGCAGCCAUGGGGGCGGCGCAGGGUGCCAUGAAUCAGCCGCAGACUCAGUAUUCUGCCACCCCCAACUACACAUACUCCAAUGAGAUGUGAACGAGCCAAGUCUACCAGAAGCUGGCUGGGGGCCGGUGGAACGGGGGCUCAAGCCACACGUUGUGGUGACCAAGCAGGGUUCCCCCUUCCCUUUUUCUCCUCCUCCACUUUGUACAAAGAA